AUGCACUCAUUGAAAGUUAAAAAAGAACAACCGGAAGUCACCAAACUGGGUUCUUCCGUAGAAGACCCUGUUCCAGAUAUUCUGGAAAAUGCUGCACCAGAGGCUUUUUUCGAGGCCGACGCCGGUGACGGGACUAAAAGAGAGGACAUGUAUCUACUGGGCAAAAAGCUCAUUCUCUGCAUUGUGUCGCUCUUUCUUUGCAUGUUCUUGUUCGCCUUAGAUCAAUUGAUCGUGACCACUCUUUUGUCAACUGUCGGAAAUAAAUUUAAUGCAUUGAAUCAGGUCGGCUGGUUGUCUUCUGGAUUUCUUAUCAGUAUGGCCGUUUUGGUGGCUCUUUGGGGAAAAUUGUCUAUUGUUUUUGGCCGCAAAAGCACAAUGAUUGCGUCAGUGGCCUUGUUCGAAGCUGGCUCUCUCAUGUGCGGCUUAGCAAACAGCAUGAAUGUCCUUAUUGGCGGCAGAGUUUUGGCUGGAAUUGGUGGUGGAGGUAUUCAGACGAUGACAUUCAUUAUCAUCACUGAGAUUCUUCCAAUUCAUAAACGACCCGCUGGUAUGGCCUUGGUUGGCGCCGUUUUUGGUGUGGCCUCUGUCUUGGGACCACUUAUUGGUGGUGCUUUUACUACUGGUGUCUCAUGGAGAUGGUGCUUUUACAUUAAUUUACCUGUUGGAGCUGUGGCCUUAAUUGUGUUUAUCUUCUCUUUCAAUCCUCCAAGGGUUAAAACCAACACUUGGCAGAAAUUGAAGACCAUUGACUAUGUUGGCAGUUUUUUGAUGACUUCUGGUUUGGUGCUCAUUCUUUUGGCUUUAACUUUCGGCUCAAAUGGUCAAUUCACGUGGAAUUCAGGCGCUGUCAUUUCCUGCUUUGUCCUUGGAGGUGCCUUAACCAUUGGCUUCUGCGUUUGGAAUUUCUGGUUCUCGAAGCAUCAAUUGAUUCCAAUUGAGGUUGUGCUGAGCUUGCCCACUUUGGCUUCCGCUAUCACCAUGUUUGGUGUGUUCUCGUAUUUCAUGGCCUCCGCAAUUUUCCUUGCCAUCUACUUCCAAAUCAUUCAUGAUGCCUCUGCUUGGAGAUCUGGUGUUGACAUGUUGCCCCUUAUCGUCAGUGUUGUGGCUACUUCGCUUAUAAGCGGUGUCAUCGUCAAGAAGACCAAAAUUGUUAAGCCUUUCGUUCUCUUUGGAACUUCUAUGGGACUUGUCGGUACCGCUUUGAUCACUUUGCUCGAAGUCGAUUCGCCUACCUCUAAGAAAAUCGGUCUUUUGAUCCCACUCGGUAUUGGUGUGGGUGUAAACAUGCAAGCCGCUACGAUGGCUGGUCAGAUUUCUGCCCCUAAGACUCCAGGAGGUGUCAUUUUGACGACUACUGUUAUCAACUUCUUCCGUUCCCUUGGUGGUGCUCUCGCGGGUAUAUUAGCUGAUGUCGUAUACACUGCAGUCAUUGAGAAGCACUUGUUGCCAAAUUUGAUGAAACAACCAGAGGCUGUGAUUGAGGAACUUUCUCACUAUAACUUGAGAAAUCUCAUUCAGCAAAGUAUCACGGGCUUGUCACCAGCCAGUACCCACUUUUUAAAGGUGCAAAAUAUGAAGGCUAUCAGAUGUGUGUUCUACGUGAACUUUGCUUACGCCGCUAUUGCUUUUGUUGCAUCGUUGUUUGUAACUAAUCAAAGGUUGCCAAAAGCUGUACCCCAAGUGAGAGACUCAUCCAAAGAGCCAGAGAUUCCUGUGACUGAGGAAAAAGAAGCCUGA